GUGAUCAACCUGCAGAGCUGAUAUUUAAAAAUAACCGUCAGAACCACUUCAUUGGCCACACACAAAAAGCACCACCAACCAUGACGGCAAGAUGGCAAGCAACCGCCGUCUUCUUCGGAAUGAGCAAGGCUCUGAAAGUGCAUCACAGCGCUCUAGCAGCGGUAGAUCGGACUUGAAUCGGGAAUGGCAGCAAGAAAUUGAUGGAGUGGAUAUCGCUGACUUCUUUGGUUCUCAUGAUGAUGAAGACGAUGUCAAGAAUUUUACUCCACAAAACCAGAGCCGUCGAGUCACCGUGGAUCCUUCUGACUUCCGAUCUACCGGUACUAACAGGCCUUCUCCUGGAGACGACGACAACGAUAUCGAGAUCAUUGCCAAUAGAUAUGAAGAAGGAAGCGCGAAUGUCAAUGGAACAAGCAUCGGUUCUGGUAACGUUGAUAGUUCAGAAGAAGCUGUUAGUGGGAACCAUGGCAGAGGACAAGCCGAAGAAUUGGAAUCAAAUACGACAUCAUUGGAUCACAGCGUGUCUUCCUCUCCAAUAGCCAACAAUCAGCUUGCAGGGAGUCGAGUAAGCGAAAUUGCACAGCAACGUGGCGUUGACAGUGUCGAGAACCCAACGUCUCCCAUCGAAUCCUUCCAGAAUAUUGGCCGAGAUGAAAAGAAGGAAAAGAAUCCGCGGCAAAAUCAAAUAACAUUGACCCAGUGUUACCGCCAAUUUGACUCGCAACCGCCAUCCGGGAAUAGUGGGGAGACAAUUAAGAUGAAACUGGCGUCAUCUGGGGAUACGAUUUGUCAGGUUAACAACAAAAGGGCCAUUGGAAGAGCUGGUGCUACAUGUAGCAAUCAGAAGACUCCAGCAAAGACAAUAACCAACGGUGGAAAUAAGAGAAAAUCAAAUGUCAGUAGCACCAAGCGGGGGAGCAAAAGCACCACGAAGAAGAAAAAGGGGUUUGACGAAGGACGGAGCAGCAGCAGCAAAAUAUCUGCAUUCUUCCCUCAGUCUCACAAGAAACAAAGCGUUGCAAAUGGAGAGCACGACGAAUAUUCAAACAAUCAACUCCGAACGAAUUCAGAAAGCUUUUUGGAACUGCAUUCUGAAACUGAAGAGGACGAUGAUAUUGCUGAUGCUGCAGACGAAGCAAAUGACCAAGAGCUCCAGAUGACACAAUUGUCACAAGAGGAGCUGACUUGUCAAGCUCAGCACCUCAGCCAAGCCUAUUUCAACAACGAUGAUGAGAACAGCGAGAAGGAGGGGGAGGACGGGGGAAAAGAGGACGACGACAAAGACGAAUUUGAGCAAGAGACCUUGGAUUUGCCGGAUGAGGACUUUCAAUCCCUUUGCUAUAACUUUACCCAAGAGUGGCAACCUGACCUACACGAUGACGACAGCGUGCACGACUACGAUCCAGGACCAUUUGACCGGUACGGUCCUCGCCGUUACAGAAAAAAUGAAUUCUGGUUUGACAACAACGAAAGACACGUCGAGAAGAUCUACAAGAUUCAGAGAGUCAGGCGCAAAGGCUUAGCCAGGCGUGCCGUUUGCAAAACUUAUGUGAGGAUGGAUAAAACCUACCUAGGACACGAACACGACGAGUCGCAGAAGAAAGCCUGGAUUGAACAGGUUGGUGAACUGGUUGAGGUAAAGUGUAGGAAUCUGAAUCAGAUUGUGCCGAAACAUUGGAAGUUGGCUCCUUAUCUUUGGGAGCCGACCUUUGAUAACGGUCGAUUUGGCUUCGCAUACCACCUCAAGGUGUCGUCCAAGUCUCCACCUACGAAAGUUGCUGUACAGGGAGCACCAACCUGUCUCGACCUCUUCGCAGGAAUUGGCGGUAUGUCGAUGGGGCUCGAAAAGGCUGGCUUCAACGUUACAGCGGCAGUCGAAAUGGACGACAUUGCAUCAGCGUUGCUGGAAGUCAACUCAAGGAAUGAAGGGGGAACAAAUCUAGAUGUGUACUGUGAAUGCGUGAACGAAUUCCUUGACAAAGUUGAACAUCCAGAUCUAAACCCAUCGUAUCCACAAAAGGGGGAUUUCAAUCACAUUCAUGCUUCCACCCCUUGUCAAGGCUACUCCACUGCAAACAGAGCUAAAGGUGGUGGGAUUAACGGGCGCAAGAAUAACAACCUUGUAUUCUCGUUCAUCAGAGCGGUUAGUCUAUUCAAGCCCGACACAGCUUCUUUCGAGAAUGUUCAGGGUAUUCUGCGUGACGAGCACAAGCGGUAUCUGCAGAAGAUGCUGGUCGAUCUCUUAAUGGAUAUGAACUACAGUGUCCGUCUAUGCGUACUGAACAGCAAAGAUUUCGGUGAUCCUCAGGACAGACGUCGAGUUUUCCUCUUUGCAUCAAAGACAGGCGUCCCUCUCGCGGCAGAGCCACCCGCAACUCAUGGAGCAGGAUUGAUUCCGUAUAGGACUGCAAGAGAUGCAAUUGGAGACCUAGAAGACAUUGCCCCUGUAAAGGGAUUUGGGCGAGUGCUUGUGUAUGGCAAAAUUGUUAACAACCAUUCACUUGAUGGAACCGAAGUUAAGGGCGAGCAACGAAAAAUCGAUCCAGAUAAGCCCGUGACGACGCUCUACGGCAAUGCGACGUACUCCAUGGUACACUACAAGCAUCAUCGCGGCAACACGUCCCGGGAAUUGGCAAGGUUUCAAUCUUUCCCGGACACUUGCAGGUUUUCGACAAAGCGAGGAGAUGCUCGGAAGCAGAUUCAAAAUGCUGUUCCACUGAAACUGGCCACUGCUGUGGGAAGAAUCAUCAUGCAAUCAUGCUAUGUCGUCGAAUCGCAGUCGUAGCCAGGCUAAGAGAGACAUUGGAAGUGAGGCAACAGUUUUUUAGAGAUGAAUGAUCCAAUGGUCUUGUGCUCACCUUGAAUCGAAUCGGAUGGAUAUUCUGCGAUUGAUCAUUCUGAAAGCUGUUGGAAGUGUAAUUCAUAAUAAAAUCCAACGAAAGGCUGAAUAUCAUGCGC